UGUUGUUUGAUUGCUUGCUUACUUAGAUUGAUCGGAGAAAAUACUUUUUGGGGGAGUCAUGGAUAGUAUGUAUGCUUCAUCAGGCGUUACAGGGUGGAAGAAAGUAUUUACUCAACGAAAGAGUGGGAAAACGAAAGGAAAACUGGAUAUCUAUAUUAUUAGUCCAGAGGGAAGAAAAUUUCGCUCCCGUGCUGAGCUGCAGAGAUACCUAGUUUCACGCACAACUGAAGAAAGUCAUCUCUCGAUCGAAGACUUUGAUUUUGGAGUUUCUAAUUCUCUCAAAUUUUCAAGUGCUGAUCGUAUUUCAAGCGGGUACAAUGACCUACCAGAGGCAAUGAAGCGGGAAACACCACAAGAUGAUGUGGGAAACAAACAUGAAUUCACCCAACAGAGAACUUUGAAUACUCAAAAGACUUCUCCGUAUUUUCCAAAAACAAACACUUUUCGAAGAGAAGUAAAACAACAUCGCACUUUGAAACGACGACUACGAAGCGAGUCUGUCUCUGGAAAUCGUGCUAGGGUCAUCCACACUAAAAGAGCAAGAAAGUCGAAGACAGACGAAAGUAGAAAAUCCUUAUUUGGUAAACGGAAAGUGGCGCGAAAACAAACAGCUGAUGCGUACAAACAUCGUACGAUCUCAAGUAAAAGAAAAUCGAGAAACUCGAACACUUUAAGGUUAACCGAGACGAUUGGUAUUGAUGAAAAUACAAAUUGUGGCAAUCAGGCGGGAAAUGAAAUCACAACUACUACUGUUUCGAGUCAAUACUUCAAAUCAAGUGAUCCAGUCUCCAUAAAUUCAAAAUUUGCACCCAAGUGGAUUCCUCCUAAAUCUCCGUUCAAUUUGAUCCAAGAGAGCCUUUUCCAUGACCCGUGGAAAUUACUAGUUGCAACUAUAUUUCUAAACAGAACAACAGGAAAGAAAGCUAUUCCAAUCAUGUGGGAAUUUUUUAAGAAGUAUCCUGAUCCCGAAGUUACAAGAAUGGCAGAUUGGAAAGGAAUCGCGGAACUCCUUCAACCAUUGGGUCUACAUGAAAAAAGAGCCAAAAUAAUCAUAAGAUUUUCUGAGGAAUUCCUAACAAAAGACUGGACAUACCCAAAUGAGUUGCAUGGGAUUGGAAAAUAAGGAGAUGAUUCAUAUCGUAUAUUUUGCCUUGGUGACUGGAAGAAUGUUACCCCUAAUGACCAUAAACUUAACUUUUAUCACAAAUGGCUUUGGGAGCAAGAUAAAGAAGGAUCUUGAAUAUCAAAAACAUCACCAACAUACUAAGCACUGUAGUAGUGUUUUUAUUGAAACUAAAAUUAAUAAGAGUUGCAAGCCUUGCAAAGAUUUUCUGUCAUUAAUUUUUUCAGGUACUUUGGUUCUGGUAGGAUUAAAUUAAUUUUCUAUGCUACAAACUGCACAUUACUUUUUAAUAGAGAAAGUUGAAAGAUAUCAAGGAGAAAAUGCAAUUAAUUCUCUCUCAACAGUCAUUCUCUUACAGACAGCUUCAAUAAUGUCUGUCUUUUUAAAAUCAGUUUAAUUAAAUACAACUCAGGGUGUUCAUUAAGGAAAGUGGGAAAAUGGUGUAAAGUAAUGGGAUAUUAUGCCAAGAGAAGGCUCUAGAUCCCUUUUAAAAAUAUCUCAGGCCAUAAAAAUAGAGGCAAAUAAUUGUUUCGGUGUUGUUGUUGAGUCUGAUCAAGAAUCCACCAAUCUCCUGUGUUAAAUGAAUACCCUGAAAACUCUUAAUUGUGAGGAAAGAAUUGUUUAAGUACAUUUAGACCCUUGCACAGUAAAUGCAGUUUUAUAUUUGUUGUUUUGGCUUUGGUUUUUUUCUUUUGUUUUUGUUUGUUUUUGUUGUUGUUGUUUUUUUUUUUGGGGGGGGGGGAGGAAGCAGGGAUGGUGAUAUACUCUUCCACUCUGUCUGCCAGGUAACCAGUCGUUUUGCCAAUAAACAGUUUACUAACAUGACAUCAAUUCACCAAUGUCUAAUGUCAGUUCACCAAUGCUUACAAUCAUGUCAGUUUGCCAACAUCCAAAAUAAUUGUAAUUACAAAUGACCAGAGGAAUGAAAUUUUACUUUGAGGCUAAACAGAAACCUCCAGGCACUGCUCUUCGAAUCCUGGGACAAGUAUGAGAGGAAAGAGAUAAACGCCAUUCGGCUGCUGAGAACCUGAGCUCAUCUGAAUGCCCUGACUCAUGGGAACUGAAGAACGGGAAAAAAAAAAAAAA